CCAAGCAAAAGAUCAAACAGGAGGCAGCGAAGAUGACCGAACCGAAACCUGAGCGGAUGGACCAGCAAAAAUCCGAACAGAAGGCCAGGCAGAAGGGAACGCGAGAGGCAAAGAAGAUAGACGAGAAGAAGGCCGAGCAGACGGCCAAGAAGAAUAAGGAGAAGCAGGAGGCCAAGCAUUCGGCUUUCCGAUACGAAGUUCUCAAGGCAGUGAUUGAAAGUUCCUGGUGCAAAGUGGCAUUCGACGCCCAAAUCUGUAGCAAAUGUCAGCCUGACUCGUCCGGAAGCAAAGUUUACUGCAAUUCUUUUACAUUGCUGGUCGAAAAAUACCCUGAACUGGCAUGCCAAGCAAUGGACAAACACAUCGUCCCUGUUGAGAGCAACUCCAUUCACCUCAAAAAGGACAACAUCACACCUCCAACAGAAGGCAAACAAGAAGAACACUACUACUCCCCCUUCGAGUUUAUCUAUUACAGGAAAAAGGAAGAUUCGAAAGGAGGGGGAUCGAUUAUCGUGGCUUCAAAUAACAAAAAUGCGAAAAGUUGGUACUCAGACCAUCCUCUUCAGAAAGCUGUCGGAUCGUGCAACGAGGCUCACAGCCGUGUUUUGCGUCACAAACUAACCCUGUCAUGGCUGUUGCAUAAAUAUCAAUACACUCGAUGGUUCUUGUACUCCUAUCUGCUUAUCGACUUCGUAACUGCCGUCGUGGCGGCGCUCCUCCUAUACAUGACCUGGAACUCCCGGGGUCUUCAGGCAGCCUUCAGCGGAGCUACGCGCUCUCAGGUGUCACAAGCGUUCGCUGACACGCGUUCAUCUGACAGAGACAUGCUGGCCGCCGUCAGCGCCGUGAUGCUCAUUGCUGACACUGACGCCAGCUGCAGCUCCUGGGGGAAUGGCUGGAACGCCUCAAACGACAUGGAGGUGUUGUCUGCUGCCUGGAACCGAUCCGUGUGCGCCGUACAUCACCUGCAGCGAUAUUCACCUGGCGUCAUCGUUCUUGAAAGCCUCACUCUGUUUCUGCUCAUAAUCCACGCUCUCUUCGAGUGGCGAAUUCUGAUAAAA